CGCCUAAGUCAGCAGUCCGGUAAAGCCUCCACUUGGCCAAAGAUUGAUUCCAUUCCUAAGAACAUUUAAAACGCAAAUGAAAUGGCUAGCGAUUUUCCACCAUUGGCCAUUCGGAUCUGGAUGCACAAGCUGAAGAAGGGUGCUGCUCAACCUGCGUUAGUACUUCAGCGCUCCCUGCUGAAUUUCAUGAGUCCAGAAGCAGCAAAUAUCUCAGUGGCAAAUGCCACCGAGAGGGGAAUUCUGAAGCCCAAAGCAGCCGGGGGAAGAGCGAAGCGUCUGACCUUUACCUUUUGCCAGAAAGUUAGCAGCCUUCCCAAUUCCACAAGUGAUCUCUAUUGCUUCGAGUGUCAUUUACCCGGUGUUGUCAAAAAAUGCGCAUCAUGUCAACGCUCCUUUCAUGAGGAUUGCCAGCGCAAGGACCCCGAAAAGCCUAACUAUUCCGUACCCUCAGAUAAGGGUCAACCUCACCGGUUCCCUAUAAGCGAAUCGGAUGAGCCAAAAAGCAAUACCGAGAACCUAAAGGAUCGCCAAACGCUCACGCCAAUGCCCCUUCUGGAUCACAAUAGUAAUAUCAAUAAGGAUUCAUUAGCCACUCCAGAACUUCUUAAGCACGAGUCCCUCGAGUGGGACGACGAUGUCUUCUUCGUUAGCGAACAUAAAGGCGCCCGUCAGCGAAAGCAGGCCAGGAUUAAGAACGAACAUCACACCAGCUUAGACAGUGAUGAGGGUAGCGACCUAGAGCGGUGCACACACUGUCGUCUGCUCACAUUGGCUGCUCUUCAUAAUCCGCCACAGCUGGACAAACAAGAGCUGAGUCGCCUCUUAAGGUAUUCCUGGGACAAGCAUUACUCCUGGAUCUCAAUCGAUGUGACCAUGUACAUGGCCAAGCAUUGGAACGAUCGCGACAAAUCGCUGGUCAAGCGCAUCCUCUUCAAGACGAAGAUCUUAGGCCUAAACGACAUCGAGCGAAACAUCGAGGCGGAAAAGUACACCUACUUAACCGAGUUUCUGAUGGAUCUACUGGACCUGCAACACAAUAUAGCCGUGUUUUUUGGUACCAAGAGCGUCGAGUACAAUGCCACCAAAUGGCUGAUUAGAGAUAUUUCACACGAUAUCCGGGAAAUUCGUCGUUGUCCGGAUUGCUAUAGGUAUUCAAACGAGGCCAGUCACUCGGAUCUCUGGUUCGCCAAGCCCUGUCUUCAGCGGCACGAAUUAGUGUUUGCGAAGCAGACAGGAUUCCCUCCUUGGCCUGCGAAGGUUAUGAGUGUGUCUAAACGGCAGCCUAUCAAGUAUGAUGUCCGCUUUUUCGGUGGUACUCAUUCCCGGGCCCUUAUUUCUGAACGUGAUAUUACUCCGAUAGAGUCGGACCUUCAGUCGCAUAUCAAACCCCGGAACUCUCGAGCUCUUAACGCCGCCUUGCGGGAACUGGAGUGCCACAUGAUGUUGUCCCAUUAUUCUGCUUCGCUGUUUGGUUUCCAUGCAGAUCCCACCAUUGCCGAGAAUCUCAUCAAGGUAGCUCUAUCCCACUGCAUGGAAACCAAAGAACCUCCUACGCAUGGUAAGCGGGGACGACCUUCGACUCCGGCCACUCCUAGCGCUGCAAAGAGGCGAAGACUUAAUGUCACCGCUCCUAAUACCCCAUCUCCAGUACCCAUACGUGGGAUUUCUGACUCCGUUACCUAUGAUAAUCUAACCGCCGAAAUAGUAAAGGCAAAUGAGGAACUCCUGAAGUGCCAGAGCAAGCUCACCGCCGCUGAAAAGAAGCUCACUCAAGUUAAAAGAAAGCAAUGGUGCUACCAUUGCCUGGAAGAAGCUCUUUUUCCAUGCUGCUUCACUGCAUCCUACUGCAGUGCCGAAUGCCAGCGACGCGAUAAAAAGCGUCACCAGGCUACUUGCAGAGUCAAUCACUAAUAGAAGACUAAAGUUGAAAGUUGAAAUGAAAGGAGAAUAUUUCGAGAUUAUGAGUGUCGAUUUGUGAAUAUGGAUUAUUAACAAUCCAACGUGAUAAAAUCUCGUUUCCUACAAAACCUUUGUAUCAAAUGUAUCCGUUCGUAAGAUAUAAUCAAUUGUUCCAAGAAUAUUGUUAAACAAAUAAAUGUUUAAGUAUAUUUUAUUGGA